UCAAUUUUUAAGGUUAUGGCGUCCAACAUAUUCAUAUUACCUUUACUUCUCUUCCUCUCCAUUUUCACGUGUUCUACGGCAAAGCUAGGGCACCAAAAAGAGACCGAAAUGACCGUCUACUACCACGAAUAUUCCGGCAGCCGGAAUGCGACUUUGAUCGAGAUACCGGGCCCGUCAACCGGCCCCCUAAACACCACCAAGUUCGGGCUCAUGAUGUGCACGGACGAUCCGAUAACCGAAAAAUUCGAGGAAGGCUCGGUCCAAAUUGCAAGGGGCCGGGGCAUAUAUGUCAUAUCGGCCUUAGAUGGGUCCCACGCUCACAUGCUAGUAUCGGUUGUGUUUAUCAAUGGCAAGUAUAAAGGCAGCACAUUGGAGAUACAAGGCUCUUACGCGCUGCGUGAGCGGGCGACGGAGGUGGCGGUGGUGGGUGGCACGGGGAAAUUCCGGCUAGCCCGCGGUUACGCGACUUUCGAGGUUCUUUACACCGAUUCUUUGCGCGGGUAUUUACUCGCUCGAUCUAAUAUGAUUGUAUUACAUUACUAAACUCUUUUGCUGGUAGAGGAGGUCUCUGAUGCGGAUGUCAACACACUGCAAACCAUUCACAUUAUCUAAUACAACAUUUGUAAGUGUUAUAUUAUAGUAUAUGAGUGGUCUGUACCGUACGGGCGUCCCGAACAGAAGAAUUUGUAUUUUUACUAUAGGUCAAUAAAUAAAUUAUCCAGCAAUUUUCAAUUUGAUUGGACA